UGGUUUUAUUUUCCCUUUCCGCCAAAAGACGACUCUCCCGCCUCUCCUUUCCCUGAAUGGACCUCUGAGGAAGCCUUGGCAAUGGCCAUGAUUAGCCCCCUCCCUCCCCUCCCCUUCCUUUUCCUUUCCUGAGGGAUUCAAGGAGGAAACAUGACGUUAUCUUCACCUUAAAGUAUUUCCUAUGAACUCCUGACAUUACCAAGGGCUUUUCAUCCCUGCUUCCCAGUCUUUGCUCUUCGGAUGCUGUGCUUGGAGCAACUGCAGAUGACAUUCAACACUUCACGCUUAAUAACGUUGAGAAGGGAUGUCCGGAGGUUUCGGGUUCGAGUCUUGAAAUCUCCUGUCCGACGAUGCUGUCGACCAGCAGGUUACCUGACGGUCAGCAUCGAGCCGCUUCCGCCCGUCGUGGUCGGGGAUGCCGUGACGUUGAAAUGUAACUUCAAGACCGAUGGGAGGAUGCGGGAAAUAGUCUGGUACCGGGUAACGGAUGGUGGGACCAUCAAGCAGAAAAUCUUCACCUUUGACGCCAUGUUCUCCACCAACCAGUCGCACAUGGAGAACUAUCGGAAAAGGGAAGACCUGGUCUACCAGUCCACCGUACGGCUUCCUGAAGUCCGGAUCUCAGACAACGGCCCCUAUGAGUGCCACGUCGGGAUUUACGACAGAGCCACCCGGGAGAAGGUGGUGUUAGCAUCUGGCAACAUCUUCCUCAACGUGAUGUCACCCCCUAUUUCUAUCUCAGUCAUCGCUGCGGACACACCGGCCCCCUUCAGCCGCUACCAGGCUCAGAACUUCACUUUGGUCUGCAUCGUCUCCGGUGGGAAGCCUGCUCCUAUGGUGUACUUUAAGAGGGACGGGGAGCUGAUAGAAGUGGUACCGCUCAUGGAUCCUCCAGUCAACGCCGCCGGGCUGCAAGAUGGCCGGGCUUCUCGGAACCUCUUCCACCGUGACAUGGACGACACCAAGAUGCAACGGUCGCUCUCCCUCUUGGAUGUGGAGGACCGGGGUGGGAAACCUUCCACCGAGAACCCUUUCAAAGGCCUCACCCCCGACCAGGGACUCUUGUUCAGCCCCGCCACGGAGGCCGUCCCAGAGACUGUGGUGAGCCGGGAGUUCCCGCGCUGGAUCCAGAACGUGGACCCCAUCUACUACUUCCACCAUACCCACAUCCCCAUCAGCGAUGGCACCGUGGAAGUGCGGGCCAUGCUCAUGUGGACGCUUAACCCCCAGAUAGACAAUGAUGCCCUCUUCAGUUGCGAAGUCAAGCACCCGGCCCUUUCCAUGUCCAUGCAGUCCGAAGUAACGCUAGUGGCUCCAAAAGGCCCCAAGAUUAUGAUGACCCCGACGAGAGCCCGAGUUGGAGACACGGUGCGAAUCCUAGUGCAAGGGUUCCAGAACGAAGUCUUCCCCGAACCCAUGUUCACCUGGACCCGUGUCGGGAGCAGGCUCCUGGAUGGUAGCGCCGAACACGACGGCAAAGAGCUGGUCUUGGAACGCGUGCCUGCCGAACUCAACGGCUCCAUGUACCGCUGCACCGCACAGAACCCACUCGGCUCCACCGACACCCACACCAGGCUGAUCGUCUUUGAAAACCCAAAUAUCCCGAGAGGAACGGAAGACUCAAAUGGUUCAAGCACUGUCAGUCACAGCAGUUUCUGGCUCCUUCUGGCCCUCAUCUUGACAGUCACCUUGGAAAUGACGUGAAAGCCUCCUUCUCAGAGACCUCCUCCUUCCUCUCCUGCCUCCAAAAACGCUCCAUCUGGCUUCUGCAUCUCUUUCGAUCGGUUCCUCUAUCCUCCUCUUCCUCCUCCUCCUUUCUUUCUUUCUUUCUUUCUUUCUUUCUUUAUGUUUUCUUUCUCCUCUUUUUCUUUUCUGUUCUUUCUUUUUUUAAAAAAAACAACAACACAAAUAUCAAACCAACAAGCCAACAAAAAAAAAAAAAAAAAACUAUUUACGGUCUUGUUAUAUCGGUCUCUUUCUGUCCGUGUCUCGGCUUUGUCAUCCGAUUUAAUUAAAAAGAA